AUGCAUGGCUUGGAACCAAGUGUUCUCACUGGUGGGUCUCUGGAGACUUUUCCAAACCAAGACUUUGAGCAGAAAGCUGGAGAGAUCAAACUGUCCCUUGGCUACGACACCAUGAAUCUCUCACUCUGUGUUCGGCUGGAUGAAGCGCGACAAAUGAAUCUACUUAUCACGGACGGUAGGUUGGGCCGGCUUAUGCUUUGA